UAUAUAUAGAGAUAGUACAUCUUCUCCUUCUUCAGUUCUACACUAGAUAUCCGUAACACAAGAAAAUGAAGAUAAAUGCAGAUAUUGAGACUGAGUCUAGGGUUUAUCAGGCUCCUGGAUCUCCGUCUGUGAAUCCGUCCCGUGUAUCCUGGAAUAUAACAGUAAACCUAGAUAAUGAAACUAUUACAGCUGUACCAGCCAGAGGAAGAUCUAGCGUUGUUGUGAUUGAGGGGAAGAAGGAAUUCAUCUGGGACAAAAUGGACAAAUCAAGAAAAGUUUCAAGAGAGGAUAACUUCGUAAUUUUCAGAGGGUUGAAUUCCUCUGAGCCUGGUAAAAGAGUAAUGCUUGGAGAUGAGGAUCUUGCAAAGCUUGUAGAACUUGGAUAUUAAAUUCAACAAAAUUAUCAAAAUCUUUCUUUUUAAAAUUCAAACAUUGAAAAAUAAUAUCAAUUUAAUUGUUGAUAAACCUCUUUUGAGAUAUAAAUUGCAUUGUCAAAAAUCA